CUUCUUCUGGAGCUCGGCGCGGCCCAUAUGGAAACGAAGAAAGGAGAAACGCCGCUCGACUUUGCGAUACCCAAGGAACAAUACUAUAUUCAACGAGUCAAAAGGUCCAUCCAAGAAAACCUGAAGACUGGCGCAGAAAUUCACUGUGACAAGCAGUGGCUGUCCUCUCUCUCUCAAGCCAUGGAAAAGGCCAUCAUUGACGGCGAUACUAAAACUUGUAGAAACCUUCUCGGGGAAGGCUGUCCGGUUGACAUCAAGAUGAGAUCUUGCCAUACUUGCACAGCUCUCAUUUUCGCAUUGUCACGUAAUGAGAUGUCUGCGAGCAUCGUCGACACUCUUGUGGAACACGGGGCAAGUUUCCGAGGAACUACCUGUGCCAGUCAUACGUGCGGAAACUUCAAGCGAUACGGAAUCCGCCAUUUCAGCGAGUACACUUCAGAUGACUGCUCAUGUUCCUCAUCAUCUGAUAGUGAUGAUGACAAAAAGUACCGGCAGCCUGCCUGGCCAUCGCUUGGGUCUACCAGUCUUGACAUGCUCAUGUGGGAGGACGAUCUGUUCGAGAAGAUUUCGACAUGGCUAUGCUCAGUUCCGGAAGAAGACAUGAUCUGGCUCAUUGACAAUUCCAUAGCCGUCCAUGUAGCAGUGGAUCGCGGCAGCGUUAAGGCUCUACGGGUUCUCUUAUCUCAUGCUGCUAAGAUCGGCGAUGAAUGUCACAGAGACUUGGCUCAUGAGCUUGUGAACAGGACUGGAUGGCGUUCUGGAUUCAACGUAGCCUCGCCUCUCCAGGACGCAGUCGAUGCUUGCAGCCUGGAGCUUGUCUGCCUUCUCCUCAAAUAUGGAGCAGAAGUUGACAGGCAAACCGCUAUGAAGGGAACGGCACUUCACCAAGCUGCGAACCAGAAAAGCAUCGAACUUGCACGACUUCUUUUGGAGCACGGGGCCUCGCUUGCGAUAAGAGAUUAUUAUUGCGGAUUUACCCCUCUGGAAGAAGCAGUCCAGUCUCGCAACACCAAGAUGGUGGACCUCUUCUUAGAGCACGGGGCAUAUGUCAGAUAUUCCCAACACGCUGACACAUCCUUGGUGUGUGGAUCCACGGAAACUGCAGUUCUGAUGCUAAAAUCAGGCAUCCCUCUUCAAACGAUAGGAAGGUAUGGCGUACCCCUCUGGACACCGGCGUGUCUCAAAACCUGGCUUGCGACUUUCAUCUUAAAUUCCGAUUAUGGUCAUUCAAUAGCAUCUGAUGUGACUGCACCCAAGCUAUGGAAGAUUCUAUCCUACGUCUACUACAUUGAAGAGCGGGGUCGUUUCCGGGGUUUUCUUCGUCUGCUGUAUCGGCGAAGUGGACACGAUUCCAUACGAGACAUGACUGAGUCCGAUAGAAGAGACAGUGAAAGAUCGUAUGGCGUAUUGUGCCUCUUAGCUGAUCUCGGACUUGUUGAAGAGGCCAAGUUGCUGCUAGACUUGGGUUGCAACAUUGAGUUUGAGGGAGGUUCGACUGGCACUCCGCUGAUGGCAGCAGCUCAUGGGGGUCGGCUAGACGUAGUCAAAAUGCUCGUCUAUGCAGGAGCACGGAUAUGGUACGAGAAGGAUGAAUUAGGCAGGAGUGCGGUUGCGGCAGCUCAGGAUUUCCCAGAAAUCGUAAGCUGGCUGUUAGUUGGAAGAUUUACGGAGCAGGCGAAAAUUGAGGUGGCCCCGCCUGGCUGGCUGACGGACCAACAA